AUGGCUCUCAAUCCGGACAGUGAACAGAAAUCGAACCUGGUCCUCCGCGUAGACCAGGAUUCGGACUCGGUUCUGCAGUCGUUGUUCGACACAGUGCUUAAGCCGGACUCGAAGCGGCCGCUACAGGUGCCUCUGCGUAUGCGACAGCUUCCAAAGUCGUUCUUUAACCCGCCGUCGACCGGUUCCAAGUCGCCAUCCGUGUCUCACUCGCGAGAAAACUCUGCUGAUUCGGCAUUCGGGUCGUCGUCUGCGACAGGCUCCGCUCCAGUAUCGCACUCCAGGGCACACUCUUCACCGGCCAGCCUUCAACAAACGUAUGCAGCUGGACAACAGAGCCAACCGGCACCUUUACACCACCAGCACUCAAAACAAAGAUCUUAUGAUGUCGGAACACAUAUUCCAGACGAUCUUGGCCCGCUACCGUCCGGCUGGGAACAAGCUCGCACUCCAGAAGGACAGAUUUAUUAUCUCAAUCACAUAACGAAGACUACGACGUGGGAGGACCCACGGAAGACGCUAGCAGCGCAGAGCGCUGAAACAAUCCUCACACAGGCCGCAGCCCCACCACAGAAUAUCAGCACCGCAACAACAACAGCAGCGAAGAGUACAAGUAGUAACACGACAACAGACCCGCUGGGCCCGUUGCCGGAAGGUUGGGAGCAGGCGGCGACGCCGGAGGGAGAAAUCUACUUCAUCAAUCAUGCCGCUCGCACCACAUCCUGGUUCGAUCCUAGAAUACCACAACAUUUGCAGCGCACACCUGUGGCGGGGGCGGGCGCCGCGGGGGGUGGCUGGGCGAACGCCUCGCUCCAGGCGUGCCAGCAGAAGCUUCGCCUACAGUCCUUACAGCUGGAACGGGAGAGGCUCAAGCAACGCCAGCAGGAGAUUAUGCUCCAGCAAGAGCUGAUGGGGCGGCAGUCGAGCUCGAUCGUGUCUUCGCUGGCGAGCGGCGCGGCGGUCGGCGGCACCGAGCUACCCCUCGACCCGUUCCUCUCGGGGCUGACCGACCACCAGCGGCAGGAGUCGGCGGACAGCGGGCUCGGCAUGGCGGUGAACCCCUCGUACUCGAUGCCCCACACGCCGGAGGACUUCCUCGCCGGGAUGGACGACCGAAUGGACUGCACCAGCGAGGCCGGCGCCAACAUCGACGCGGCUGACAUCACGCUCGGCGACAACAUCGACCCGACGGACGACCUGGUGCCCUCGUUGCAGUUGAGCGAAUUCACAAACGACAUACUGCUGGACGACGUACAAUCGCUGAUCAACUCGACACCAAGCAAGACCGACAACGUGCUGACUUGGCUG